CGAGAGAGGAGGAAACAGCAGAGGCAGCCUGCUCUUCUGGGCUUCCAGAGGCGUGUUCUGGGCUCGGCCACCCACAGGGGAUUAGUUUCGGUUGAGCAUCCAUCCCCCUCCCGUGAAAGAGCGUAAAAAAAAAAAAAAUGCGUUAAGUCCUUCUGGACCCUUAAAGGGAGGCUGGUGAAUGAAUUAGUCAUAGUUGUCUCAUUCUCGUGGGGUGUGGUUUGGAGGAGGAGAGGAGCAUGAUAGGGCCCAGGGGGUAGUAGGCCUCCGAAGCCCAAGGUGGUGUCUUUAACGGAACCCCAGUCGCCUUCCCUGUGGAAUUUUAUCCCUGUGCAGGGAGGAUUUGUGAGGUAUGAAAAGGGCGAGGCGAGAAACAGGGUAUCUUUACACAAGUGCUUAAAGGGUGGAGAGGAAGUAGAAGCGGGGACUUUUGGGAGUGUCUGCGAACCCCUGGUGUUUGUUUCACUGGCUCAGCUCCUUUUGUUUAGUUCCUUUUCCUGAAACUAGGCAUAGCACUUUGGCCUGGUGGGGUUGCUUCAGUGAACCCACGUCGUCUGGAAGGUUAGGAGAGCUGCUGUUUCACAUUCUGCAGAGGGGCCCUGCUCUUGCCAAAAACCAGCUUCCAGUGUUAGGACCUAAGUGCUUGUGAAACUGAACACAACAAAAGUAUGGAGAUGGGAAACCAACAUCCUUCUAUUACUAGGCUUCAGGAAAUCCAAAAGGAGGUAAAAAGCAUAGAACAGCAAGUAAUUGGUUUCAGCGGUCUGUCAGACGACAAGAAUUACAAGAAACUGGAGAGGAUUCUAACAAGACAACUUUUUGAAAUAGACUCGGUAGAUACUGAAGGCAAAGGAGAUAUUCAGCAAGCUAGGAAGAGGGCAGCACAAGAGACAGAGCGUCUUCUCAAAGAGUUGGAGCAGAAUGCAAACCACCCACACAGGAUCGAAAUAGAGAACAUUUUUAAAGAAGCCCAGUCCCUAGUGAAAGAGAAGAUUGUGCCAUUUUAUAGUGGAGGCAACUGUGUAACUGAUGAGUUUGAAGAAGGCAUCCAGGAUGUCAUUUUGAGGCUGACACAUGUUAAAACUGGAGGCAAGAUCUCCUUGCGGAAAGCACGGUAUUACACUUUAACCAAAAUCUGUGCAGUGCAAGAGAUUAUCGAGGACUGCGUGAAAAAGCAGCCUUCCCUGCCGCUUUCUGAGGACGCGCAUCCCUCAGUUGCCAAAAUUAACUCUGUGCUGUGUGAUGUGAACAAGACCAGAGGCACUCUGAUUGCCCUUCUUAUGGGAGUGAACAGUGAUGAGACUUGCAGGCACUUAUCUUGUGUGCUCUCGGGACUGAUGGCCGAUCUGGAUGCUUUAGACGUGUGCGGCCGCACAGAAAUCAGAAAUUACCGGAAGGAGGUCGUGGAAGAUAUCAACCAGUUAUUGAAGUACUUGGAUUUAGAAGAGGAAGCAGAUAGCACUCGUGCGUUUGACCUGGGGCAGAAUCAUUCCAUUUUAAAAAUAGAACAGGUCCUCAAGAGAAUGAGAGAAAUAAAAAACGAACUUCUUCAAGCACAGAAUCCUUCAGAAUGGUACCUGAGCUCCAAAACAGAGCUGCAGGGUUUGAUUGGACAGUUGGAUGAGGUAAGCCUUGAAAAAAACCCCUGCAUCCGGGAAGCCAGGAGAAGAGCGGUGAUCGAAGUUCAGACCCUCAUCACUUACAUCGACUUGAAGGAAGCCCUCGAGAAGAGAAAGCUGUUUGUUUGUGAGGAGCACCCCUCACACAAAGCGGUCUGGAGCGUCCUGGGAAACUUGUCAGACAUCCAGGGGGAAGUUCUCUCAUUUGAUGGCAGUCGAAAUGAUAAGAACUACAUCCGGCUGGAGGAGCUGCUCACCAAGCAGCUGCUUGCCCUGGACGCCGUUGACCCACAGGGAGAGGAGAAGUGUAAGGCUGCCCGGAAGCAGGCAGUGAAGCUUGCACAGAAUAUUCUCAGCUAUCUCGACUUGAAAUCCGAUGAAUGGGAGUACUGAAACGCCAGAGAGCCCACGGUUGAUCAUUCUUCUUUUGCACUUUAUAUAUAUGUCUGUGUAUUUAUAGAGAGCGUUCAGUUUGUUGAGCCUGGAUGUGAUUUAUACAUGCAUAUGUCAAUCUCAGUAUUUAUGAUUUAAGCAAAUUCAGUAUCUCUGCUGCUUUUGAUGUUGAAAAACAAAUAUUACGACAUACUAACUUUUCCAUUUGGAUCACUAUGUUGUGGUGUGGUUUUCUGUUGUUUUUUUUUUUAAAUCAGAAAAUGGAAUAGGGGCAGCUUUUAAAAGUUUUAAUAGGUUCAAGCAUUAAAAUGCAGAUAUUUCAGAAUCUAGAAUAGACAUAACCUUACAUAAUAAAUACCAGGACAGUUAUGAGGAAGGGGGAAAUUUUUGGUUAAAUAGAAGUAAGGUCCAAGCACAAACGCAGUACAAUGAAAUGUUUUAUUAUGCUAAAUAAAGCAGAAGGAUUUUUUUCAUUUAUAAAACCCAGUUGGUUCCACCCAAUUUAAUAGGGUGGGAGUCUUUUUGUUUUUUUGGAUGGUGGGUUUUUUCAUAAACAUUUUUUGUUUGAAAUACAGUGUAUUUUCUCCUGUACUCUGCAUUUAGAGGGGGAGUCUUAUUUUUGUGUAUGACAUAAUAAAAUUAUGAAAAUGAAUAGCAAAAACACCUUUGAGACUGCAUUGAAGAAGGGAUAAAACACCAGCUGAUACCUUCAAGUUGUUUUUGUUUGUAAAAUCUAAACUUAGAAUUUCCCUUAGAAAUUACUAAGGAUGGGAACAUUUAAAUGAAGUUAAUGGACCUUGAAAAAAAAAGGAAACACCCACACCCAUGGUAAGAUAAUGAAAAGAAGUGGAAAUUACCAAUUAUCAGGUUAUGCUAAAAUAAGCAAAAAUGUCUGCAUGUAGCACGUAAUGGGCUUCUUCUGUCAUUCAAGGCGGCAUAAGGGACAAACUUGUUAAACAUUCCCGAUGCUGUUUUACAGUGUAUGAGAGCAGAAACUGUCAGCAGCCCUGCAGGACCAGCUCUUUGAAGCUUGUUCAGAGGAAGCGAGCAUCAGCUCCCUGCGCCUGCAGACGUCGCACUCCGGGCACCUGCUGCAUUCCUUAGCUCAUGUUAUUGGCACAUGGAUGCUUCUCUAGUGCCUGAAAGGGCCAGUAAAGUCUGUCAGUGCAGGAAAUUUUUUUUUUCUGCUAAAGGGUACACAUAUUUCUGUACAUACUUUUUGAGGAUCCAAGAUUACCAGUUGCCUGUUAAUGUGAACAAAAGAAUUUCCCAGAGUUCUGAAGUGCCUUGAUAACUUGCUGCCCCAGUAUUAUAACUAACAGACUACUCUGUAGUCAGCUCUCACAAAAUAAUCGUAUUAGAGUACAUCUUUUGAGCUCUAUAGUAAUUUGUUCUUUUCUUUCAGAGAUAUUAAUUUGAUAACUUUGGAAACAGCUAAAAAUAAGAUGGAUAAAGGAAUAGCCCUAAAUACCUAAAAGAUUAUAAACGUGUAGCCCUAAAAAAUUUUCAUUUUGUCUCAGUACUGCCCAAUAAUUAAAAGCCCUUGAUAUGUCUUUCCUACUAGAAAUGUUAUAGAUUCAUCGGACAGUGGGGUCAAAGGGCAAUCAGAGGUCUUUGGGCCGUGAGCCUUCCACCUGCACGUCCAGCGGGCUUUCAGUGCAGCUUAUUGGUAGCUCAUGCCAACCAAAGUCGUUUCAGGAUUGCUAUUCUGUAUCAUAAUUUUAGGGUGCUCUUAAAAUCUUGAGUUUUUAAGUUCGAGCACUGUUGGCGUUAUAUCACUGGGCAAUCAAGGCUGUACUCUAACUCACUUCAGAGGUACACACAUCCUGCACCAGGCCCCACUGCUUCACGUUAAUUUCAGAUUUGAAAGUUAAAUGUUAGCCUGUCCUUUCAGAGUAUCCAUUGUUGUUUGAAAGCAGUUCUUCCUCCAGCAUUCAUUUCCAGCAGUGUUUUCCAUAACUCGCAGAGAUGGCUCAAACCGUUAAUCUUUGCGCAUCGGGGGUGAGCAUAGGAUAUUGAGCCCAUCCACGGUCACGCUGGAUUUCUCACGGGGAUUAUUUUGGUCAUUGAAAUAAUCAGAUCAGCCUUGAGUGCUGAGGAGUGAUGCUCCCUGUCUUCAGUCUGUUCUAGUUCCUUGUACCUGAUGAUUCGGUUCCCAUGAUGAGCCCUAGCGAUACUGGCUUUAGCUGCUGCUGUCCCUCGUCGGGAGGCAUGUGUGUUAAUGUGGCCUGCUGCAUGUAUUUUGGGUUCAUCACUUUGUAUUGUAUUUUUAUGAUCUCACUUGAAGAGAAUCUGUACUGGAAGUAAAACCUGCCCCCUACAAAUGUUUGGCCUUGGGUCUGCAUUAAACUGUAUAAUCCAUGUUCAUGAAAAA